AGAGAAAGAGGGAGAGGGAGAGAAAGUGUCAUUAGUACUAUUCCCUAAAAAAUUACACACGCCAGAAUUUAAAACGGUUUGGUUAUGUUAACACGAUCUUAACCCACGGAUGAAACCAUGCAGAAGAUAAGAUAUGAUAAGAUUCUCUCUCUCUCUCUCCUUGAGCGAAUUUGUGUCUCUCCAUAGUACAUCAGUCGAUUAGUGUAACUUCCAUUCUUGUCGUUGGGUGUUGUACGACUAUACCCGGUCCGAGUUUUGGGGACUGGUCGCUGGAGUUGAACAGUUGAGCUAGUACUAGUCGUCUUCAUGCCCUGCCAGUGGGCACCGGCCGGGCACAACUGAAGGCAAGAAGUGUAUAGUGUCAUAGAAAUGUCCUUGGACUUAUUAUAGAAAGUAAAAGAAACUUCUGCUUUCACCAAAGAUAGACUAUAAUCAACUUGCAUUCGUCUUCAAGGUGCGAAGAGGUUAAAGGAAGAAGGAACAGCGCUGGUUCACCAUGGACGUGGGGCCACCAAGCAUGAAUGAAGAGGAGGUCUAUGUUGUUCGUCCAGCGUUGACCGUCGAGCAAAGAUGUCAGAAGUACAGCUAUACACCGAAAACGAAUCUGGGACUGAAGGAAGCUGUGCUCACGAAGACCCGCGAAUACUGCACGUGUUCGAGGGGAAGGCUGUGGGCCUGGUGCCAGGCACGGGUGCCAAUCCUCCACUGGCUCCCGAAUUACCCAAUCAGGAGCGCCCUUUUGGGUGACGUCAUCGCUGGAAUCACUGUUGCCAUAAUGCACAUUCCACAAGGCAUGGCGUAUUCACUGCUUGCAAACCUUCCGCCCAUCACCGGAUUGUACAUGGCCUUCUUUCCUGUCCUCAUGUACGUCUUCUUGGGAACUUCAGGUCACAUCUCAAUGGGAACUUACGCCAUAGGCUCUCUCAUGAUGAGCAAGGUGGUGACGGAGUUAUCGUCCGAUGACAUGGAGAGUCACCAGCUACCGGAAGGAACCCCAAAUGCCACGUCUACCCACACAGCCCAACAAGUUUCCGCUGUCUUGGGCUUCGUGGUUGGAAUCUGGGAGGUCGCCUUCGGGCUGCUGAAUUUCGGAGAGGUGUUGAACGUGAUCUUGUCCGACAUGCUCAUCUCAGGCUUCACCACCUCCGUCGGCUUCCACGUGUUGACCUCCCAGGUCAAAUCCCUCCUGGGCAUUCCCGGGAUCAAGUCGCGCUACGGACCCUUGAAAAUCAUCUACACUUACAUUGACAUCCUCAGUAACAUCCGCCUGGCCAAAGUCGCAGUGGUAUUAAUCUCCCUGGUCUGCAUAGCCAUGCUGGUCGUCAACAAUGAAAUACUGAAACCCAGAGUCCAGAAGUACACGAAGCUCCCUAUCCCGAUGGAACUGAUCGUGGUGGUCCUCGGAACGGUGGCAUCCUAUUACGGCGACUUCCACGAGAAAUACGACGUCAGGGUUGUCGGCGAGGUUCCUACAGGGCUUCCAAGUCCGUCUCUUCCACCUUUCGAAAUACUGCCGGACGUUCUGGUCACUGGACUCAUCAUAGGCGUCGUGGGGUACACGUCUUCCUUCUCCAUGGCGAAGAUAUUCUGCAAGAGGCACGGGUACACCAUAGACGGCACGCAGGAGUUUUAUGCCCACGGAGCGAGCAACGUCUUCGGGUCCUUCUUCUCCUGCGGGCCCAUCGCAGCCUCGCUGUCUCGCUCCCUGAUCCAAGAAGCCGUUGGCAGCGUGACUCUCCUGACGGCGUUCAUCUCCUGUGUCUUCAUCCUUCUCAUCCUCCUCUUCAUAGGGCCGCUCUUCGAGGCGCUGCCCAAUUGCGUCCUUUCGUCCAUCAUCGUGGUGUCCCUCAAGGGGCUCUUCCUGCAGAUGAAGGAACUGAAGACGCUGUGGGCGCUCUCCCGCUCCGACGCCUUCAUCUGGCUGGCGACCUUCAGCGGCUCCGUCAUCCUGGACAUCGACUAUGGGCUGCUGGUGGGCGUUUUGGCCUCCCUGUUGGUCCUGCUACUCAAAUCCCAGAGGCCCCACACGGCCUGUCUCGGGCAGAUCCCCAACACUGAUUUGUACCUGGAUGUCUCCCUGUACCCGCAGGUGUGUUAUGUGGAUUCGAAUCUUCAAGUUGUGCGGUUCAUUGCACUUCGCCAACGCCGUCUCCUUCAAGGAGAGGUUCCUCAGCAAGACGGGCCUCGAAUGGGUGCUGUCGAGCGCUUCCAAAAAGGAAUCAACGCGGCUCCCGUGAAGAAUUCCAACCCGCCUCCAGCUGGGGAGUCGAACGCUCCUGCCGCUGAGGAUGCGAGCACAUCGGCAAAGGAUCUGAAGGCCCCUUUAGCGGAGGACUCUAACGCAGUUUCCGAGGAGGACGUGUCGUCUGACGUAGAAAUUAAUAAUGACGCAAAAAAAUCAGGACUCCCUACCAUUACCCACGAAAACGACCGUACCAGGCCAGAGCAGGUAACGGCAGAGGACACGAAGGCUAAUGGGGGAGCCAAUAAGGAGAGUGCGGACAGUCUCAUGGGAGCCACAACCACUAGGAGAAGAAGAACAAGCCGGGAGGAGAGAAAUACAUCGGCUGCAGUCAUCGCUGUUUACGACGUGGAGUGGGCCAUUCUGGAACUGAGUGGGGUCAGUUUCGUGGACGUCUCCGGCUGCAAGUGCCUGACACAAUUGCACAAGGAACUCCAGGAAGUGGGCAUCACGCUCUGCAUAUCAGGAGCAACGGAUCGAGUGCUGGAAAUGCUGGAACGGUGUGGCACGGAGAAGGCCUUGGGGCGAGAGCGCUUCUUCCACUCGACCCACGACGCCGUCACAGUCAUUACCCGAAAAGUCAAUUCGGCUCCAUAACAAAUACCAUUUUCUAAAUUCUGUAAUUAAAAUAUUAAAUAUUA